AUUUGGCCAGCCAAGGGAUACACGUACUUAAGUCUUAAGUCACACAAGGCCAGCCGGCCAGGAAAGCCAUUUUAUUUGAUACUCCACCUCACUCAAUCCUCUCUUCACAUAAAUAGGCUAGCUAAGCUCACACAUACUCUAAAUACACAAAACAAAAACCACUUUCUCUCUUUUGCUAGCUUUCUCUCCACUAACUCAAAAAGACUCCAUCUUUAUUUGCUGCUUUUCUUGUUUUUGGAUUGUUGUAGAUCUACAAAGAAGAGAUAAUCAUCAAAGAUUAAGAGAUGAUCCAAGAACUGUUCGGAGGCGCAGGCUUUAAUACAGGAGGAGUAGGAGGAGGAGGAGAGAGGAAAAUCUCCAUUUCUUCUUCUUCUACUUCUCUUUCGCCUUCACCGUCUCCUUCUUCUUCCACUACUACUACCACUACCGCUGCGGCCGCUGCAACAACGAAUUCAGAGAACUUGAGAUGCCCGAGAUGCGAUUCUGCCAACACCAAGUUCUGUUACUACAACAACUACAACCUCACGCAGCCCCGCCACUUCUGCAAGACUUGCCGCCGCUACUGGACCAAGGGAGGAGCCCUAAGGAAUGUUCCGAUUGGGGGUGGAUGCCGGAAAAACAAGAAUGGUACCAUGUCAACAUCGAUAAGCAAGACAGCUGUGGCCGGGAAGUUGAAAACAAUGGCGUCAGAGAUCGGGAGGUCCGGGUUCGGACUCGGGUUUGAUCACGAAGUGCAAGCAAGUCCGAUACUGUGGGGUUCACCUCAGAAUUCCCAUAUCCUAGCUCUACUAAGAUCCAGCACUCCAAACCCUAACCCUAACCCUAAUGUUCAACUGUGUACUAAUUCGGUGAAGGAAGAGGGGGGAAUGAAUAUGAUUGGGUCCCACAUGAUGAGUGAGUCUUCUGGAGCUGGAAAUGAUGCAAUGACAGCUCGGACCUUGGGGUUGGAUCCGCUGAGUUCUUUCUGGAGAAACAACCAGAACGUUCAACCUCCACACCACCACCAACAACAGAAUGGUAAUUUCUUACUUGGGCAUGAGGUUCAAAGCAACCAAGGAAUUCAGGAACUAUUUCAGAGGCUUAGAUCAUCCUCUUCAUCAGGUAGUUAUUAUUCGCAUGAUCUUAAUAAUGGGGUUUCUUCAUCUUCUACAUCAUCGAUUUUGGAGGCGGCUCCGGCUGUUGGUGGUGAAUUGGGUUAUAACUGGAACCCAGCGUUUACUUGGUCCGAUCAGCUCCCUACAACAAAUGGUGCAUACCCUUAAGUUAAUAACUUCAUAAUUAAGCUUCUUCUUUGUCUACUUUAGCUAGUUAGCUAGGUUCUCAAUCUUUCUUCUUUAAUUAAUGUUUUUUUUUUCUUUUCUUUUCGGGUUGUGUUUGUGUGUGGGUUGUGAUACUGCUAAUGCUUUAGCAUUAGUCAGUAUCCUACUGUUAUUUUCUUCUUUUUAUGUAUGUGUGUUUUAUGGUGUAAAGGGAUAUGAGGGUGUACCAAUUAAGAACCAGAAAAUUAUAUGAAAACGUUUGUUAUUUGUUAAUGGAGUACUA